AUGUUGAAAAUUGUCGGUCUGUGGCCGCAAGAAAGCAAAGAUCAGCAUGAAGAAUUAUUGUCGAAAAUUCAGUUCUUACUUAAUAUCAUUCUGUUGAUUUUCGUAUUAGCUAUUCCGGCUUUAAUGUCACUGAUAAGAGUAUGGGGCGAUAUGAUAUUGAUGAUAGAUAAUUUACAAUACACCUUGCCUCUUUUGAUAACAAUGCUAAAAGUCUUCAUUAUGUGGUACAAAAAAGAAGCUUUAUCGCCGUUGAUUAAUAUGAUUGUGAAUGAUUGGAUAAAAGUGAAGGUGGAAGAGGAGCGAAUUGUCAUGUUAAAACAAGCCAAAAUCGUCCGUUUACUCGCCGUAUGUGGAAUACUUAUGAUACUUUCUACAAUGCUAAUAACUGUUCUCUCUUUUCCUUUUGCCCAGACACUCAGGCACGUAACGAAUCUUACUGAUCCAAUUGGAAAGCCUUUGCCAAUACAAUCAUACUACUUACACGAUGUAUCUAGCAGUCCAAAAUACGAACUAACAUAUCUGAUACAAACAAUCGCAUUAACUACAUCCGGUCUCUCUUACACCGCAGUCGACAGCUUUUUGGGCUUACUGAUAUUACAUAUAUGCGGUCAGAUAGAGAAUCUGCAUCUACGGUUACUGAAUCUGGGAAAGGAUUCGAAUUUCAAAGCGGUUUUAAAGUACAACAUUGUUAAUCGGGGUGGUCACUUAUCAAUCUUGCAAUUGGUUUGGUAUACGUCCGCGACUAUAUGUGUUUUAAUGCAUAUGUGUCUUUAUUGUGCGGUUGGUGAACUUCUUGUAAGUCAAUCUGAAAAAAUACAUCGCGCCACAUAUGAGUACGUAUGGUAUACUCUGGAGCCAAAAGCAGCAAGAAAUUUGACAUUAAUUAUGCUCCGUACAAAGAAACCACUUAAUAUUACAGCGGGAAAAACAUUCCCGAUGACAAUGUCUACGUUCUGUAACUUACUAAAAACAUCGGCGGGCUAUGUGUCUGUGUUGCUUGCCAAUCGAAAUUAAUGACGACAUAAUCAGAUAUAUAACUUAACAAUCUUAAUGUAUAAUCACUUAUCUAACACAUGCCACGAUGACAUAAAAUUAAACAUAAAUUAUUUU